AUGGAAAGCUGCAAACACGUUUUCCAGAUAUCUGGGCUCAAGAUCCUUGAUAAGAAGAGAGUUUUGAUCCAGAGAAUCCGGCAGCUGGGUGGAAAAUACAUAGGUGGCUCAGUCUAUCAACAGGCCAGCACCCAUCUCAUUAUCCCUCAAGUUUUGUCCAGCGAGAAGUUUUUGGCGGCCUGUGCUGCAGGAAAGUGGGUGCUGACUCCAGAAUAUGUGCUGGACAGUUUUAAGAAUGGUUCCUGGCUCGCAGAGGGACCCUAUGAAGUGUCAAUUUCCACAGAUGCCACAUCUUCCUUCUACCCUGUCAGGCAGUGGAGGGAGAAAGUGGCCAGUGGGCGGCUGGGGGGGGCCUUCCAGGGCUGGAGGGUCCUCCUCAAGGUCCAAGAGCCCGCGCGCAGGGCCAUGUUCAAACGGCUCCUUAAAGCAGGCAAAGCCCAAGUAUACAACUGCCCUCCUCCCUCUCCUGCCUCUGUCACUCAUGUCAUGGCUAAACCCAUCACAGAGGCCUCAGAAUACCACAAUGCUCCUUGCUACCCUGUUAGCCACAUAGUCCAGCACCUAUUUGGGAGCAAUUUAGUGGAUAUGAAAUUUGAUCUAACGGAUGAUCACCCAGCUAAGAAGACGAAGACAGAGAGUGUGGUUGAUGUUGACUUCUCAAAACUGGAGAGUGAGCUCAGGGAUUAUGUCAUCAAACAGGAGGGCCGGCCGAGAAUGUGCUUCCUCGAAUUUCUGGGUUACCAUGACCCACACAGUCCGCAGACCCAGGCUACAGAAACAGACUCCAGCAAUGUUGGUAGUAUGAUAGAGUGCGGCCUCUUCAUUGAAGCCUUGGACUCGAUCAGAAGUGAUGUGUUCCCUGGCCUAGUGCCACCAGCCCCAUACCUGGUCUCCCUCUUAGGAUAUGCACAGCAGGGUCACGCCACAUCUUUCUACCUGAGGAAUUUAAGGCAUGUCAUGUACAACCUGCUCAUUACCAACCCUCCCUGGAUGGCUCACUGCAAAGUGAGAAAAUAUUUCUCCCAGGUGUUGCAGUGUCCUCGGUGUAAGACAGGCCUGUGGCCUUUUCUAGAGACUGCCAUCAGUUAUUGCCUGUCCACUGGGGUCUCUUGUCACCCACUCCCUGGACCUGCCCUUCCAACACUGUUACAGUUCCACAGUGACCUUCUGGCCUUUGUCCUCAAGCUUUUCCAGGGAGAACUCCACUCUGUCAAUGCCGGGGAUUUUGUACUGCCUGAAAGAAGAGGAGUCUGUUUUGCUCCUGCAUCAGGAUCCUUGCUGUAUGGAACCUUCUGGACUGUGUGGGAGCGUUCCACGCUGUUGUCCCGAGCUGUGAAACAACUCACCAGGCUUUUGUUACAGGCUUUCAUUGAGGACUGUGUUCAUAGGGAUGAGAAGCAGAAGCUGCGUUUGGCGGACAACCUUCUGGACCUGCUGUCCGUGUUGGUGGAGUUCUGGUGUCAGCAGCACUUCAAGCUGAACCAGACCCUGGUGGAGAAGGGUCUCAAAGACCUCGCUGAGCAUUUUGCUGUCAUCAGCCAGGAUGUGUCUCCGGUAGUGCUGGCGGAGCUAGUCGUCAGGAUUACAUCUACUCGACUUAAAUUGGUGUUAGCAGACGGCAUAUUCAGGAGUCUUUGCUGCAGAAAUGGAUUCACAGUUGGAGAUGAACCCAUCUCUUUUAAGAAAAUGGUGCUGUCCUACCUGCCUGCUCUGGGAAAUUUAGCUCAGUGUCCCAGCGGUGCUCGCCUCAGGACCGGACCCACCCCCCACAGCGGCGCCAGCCAGGGGGCCGGCUGCAGUGCUGAUUGCUCUCCGGUGAAUGAAACAAGCCUGAAGAAAGAGAACGUCCCCAAAGGUUUAAACAGAGUCAACGCAGCAGGAGAGACCCUCCUCCACAGAGCUUGCAAGAGGAACCAAGUGGAAACAGUGCUUCAGAUCCUGGCGCUUCCUAACACAGACAUCAACGUUAAAGACCAUGCAGGCUGGACUCCUCUGCAUGAAGCGUGCAACCAUGGCAGCGCUGCGUGUGUGGAGAUUUUGCUACAACACCACCCUGCACCAAUACUCGAUAACCAGGUGGGCGGAGUCAGUCCUCUGCAUGACUCCAUGCUAAAUGGACACAUGGACAUCGCAAAAAUGCUACUGGAGCAUGCAGGCUCGGUCCUCCUGCAGCAGACUGAUGGGAACGGACACACUGCUUUGGAUCUGACCUCUGAAACUACUCAGAGGGAGGAGCUUCUCCACAGCGCGCAUGUCGGAGACUCAGCCCUGAGAAACUUCUCCACUGAAGUCUUGAACGUGCCCCUCCUGGAGGCUGCAUCCUCUCUGCUGGCCAACCUCAUCUUCACCUACCGGCGAGAGCAGGGUCUGCCUCACCAUGGCGACAGUUUGAGCCUCACGCUGGUCAGGGCCCUGGAGACACACUCCCCCCAAAAGGUGACUUCGGGCUGGACAGACCAGCAGGUGGUGAGGCUGGUGGAGGACGCAGAGACCCUGCUGGAGCUCGGCAGAGGGGGCUACCUCGGGCAAAUAUCUCAGGCAGUGAGAGAGUGCAAAGAAGAGAAUACACUAUUCCUAAUGGAGAUACUGGAGGAUUUGAAGUAUCGGGGGGAAAUGCUUCUCGCUGAUCUGUAAAUCAGAAACAAUGCACAACAUAUUGUAAAAGCUUGAAACAUGAAUGUGAAACAUGUUGGUUGAAAUGCUAACAGAAGGUUAUCUGUGUCUGUAUCUGUUUUAUUCAACAGGAUGAAUAAUAUAAAGAGGCCUUAAAAUGUGGAUUUUUUUCCUCCACAAUAAUUUGGCCUUCUCCUGUUUUUGGGUAAAUGGGUUGGAUGCUUUUCUUAAUUUAGCAGUAUUUUAAUUUCUGCAAUAGGUCACGGACAUUUAUUACAUUUUUGUAUAAUGUGUUACUACCUCAAGUUUUUGAUAUGUGUAUUUUUUUCACAGAUUGAUGUGCACUAAUAUUUAUCACAAAUAAAGUAAUUGCUCAAA